AUUCUCUGGUUAAUUGAGUCUCUUUUUAUUUUAUAUACUAAUUAUCUUAAUUUCCUUGAUUGUUAAAUCGUACACUUGUUACCCUAUCCUCCAUUUUAAAUUGUUCUUGUUAUUUGUCACUUUGUGUCUUCACUUUGAUAAUUGUUUUUCUCAAUCAAUCUGAUUCACUCUUUCCCUCUGUGUUCAUUUCUUACAAUAAUCUUUUCAAUUCCUCUCAAGUGAUUUAACUUAAUUCUCAUUUUCUUCUUUAAAUCUAUUUUUAAUUUAAUCGAUUACAGAACAAUUAAAUCACUACAAUGGCCAAUUUCCGAAAAAGCUUGUUAAUCACCGAUGAACAAAGGGAAGAAUUGGUAGAAAAAUUUGAUACGAUUGAUCAGGAUGGAAAUGGUUUCAUUGAUAUGCGAGAAUUAAAAUCGGCUCUUGAUGUCGUCGGGUUUAAAAUACCUCAAUGGGAGAUCCGUCAGAUGAUUAGUGAGCUUGAAAAACAGGCCAAAAUUCAGAAAGAGGGUAAAUUGUCCUUCGAGGAGUUUCAACAAUUAUGUUACGAUUUAAAGUCCAAAGAUGUUGCCAAUACCUUUAAAAAAGCCGUUACCAAGCCGGAAAACUUGGAAACCAUCGGUGGCAUGUCAGCCGCAUCUUCCGCUGGUACAACUCAUUCCGUCCGUCAAGAGGAACAGGUCGCUUUCUCCGAUUGGAUUAACUCUAAUUUAAAAAACGAUCCCGAUCUUAAACACAUCCUUCCCAUUGACACCAAUGGACGUGAACUUUACGAUAAAGUCAAAGACGGUAUCCUUUUGUGUAAAAUUAUUAAUCAUUCCUGCCCGGAGACAAUUGAUGAGCGAGCAAUUAACAAGAAAAAUUUAACCGUCUACACUAAACAUGAAAAUUUAACUUUGGCCCUUAAUUCAGCGCAAUCAAUUGGUUGUAAUAUUAUUAACAUUGAUGCCCACGAUUUGAGUCAAGGAAAACAACAUCUUACCCUUGGUUUACUUUGGCAAAUUAUUCGUAUCGGUUUAUUCAAUCAAAUUACACUUGAACAAUGUCCCGGUUUGGUUCGGCUUCUUCGUCCCGAUGAAGAGCUUUCCGACCUGAUUAAAUUGUCCCCUGAAAAUAUUUUACUUCGUUGGGUUAAUUAUCAAAUGGAAAGAGCUGGAGUUGACCGACGAAUUAACAAUUUCACCGGUGACAUUAAAGACUCAGUUGUUUAUACUCAUCUAAUUAAACAAAUUGCCCCUCGAGGUAUUCCAAUCUCCAUGGAAGCCCUUAUGGAACCCAAUCAAACUGAUCGAGCGGAAAUUAUGCUUAAACAAGCCGAUAAAUUGGGCUGUAGAAGUUUCUUGACCCCCAAUGAUGUUGUCGAAGGUGUUUAUAAAUUAAAUGUCGCUUUUGUCGCCAAUCUUUUCAAUACCCACCCGUGUCUCGAUAAACCCGAUGAACCCUUGGAAUUGGUUGAUAUUGAGGAGAACAGAGAAGAGAAAACCUAUCGAAAUUGGAUUAACUCAAUGGGUGUUUCUCCAUUCGUUAAUUGGCUUUACAGUGAUUUAGCCGAUGGUUUGAUAAUCUUCCAGAUUUUUGACAUAAUCAAACCAGGAGUCGUUAACUGGAAGCGAGUUCACAGUCGAUUCAGUAACCUUAAAAGUCUAAUGGAAAAAUUGGAAAACUGUAAUUACGCCGUUGAACUUGGUAAACAAUUAAGAUUCUCUCUGGUUGGAAUUGCUGGACAAGACAUUGUUGAAGGAAAUCCAACCCUGACCUUGGCCUUAAUUUGGCAAUUAAUGAGAGCUUAUACUUUAAGCAUUUUGACCCAACUUGCAUCAGGAAGUGGUGACGGCAAUAGUGAAGGACAGGCCAUUUCUGAAAAGGAAAUCGUUGAUUGGGCAAACAAAAAGUGGAAAGAAGCUGAUAAAAAGUGGAUAAUCAAAAGCUUCAACGAUUCCAAUUUAUCAACUGCUUUGCCAGUAAUUGAUCUCAUUGAUGCCAUUAAGCCAGGAUCGAUUAACUAUAGUCAAGUUUUAAAAUGUUCCGAUGAUGAGGAAAAACUUGCCAAUGCUAAAUACGCCAUUUCGAUGGCUCGUAAAAUUGGUGCCAGAAUUUACGCUUUACCCGAAGAUAUCACCGAAGUGAAAAGCAAGAUGGUGAUGACCGUUUUCGCCUGUCUCAUGGCUCGAGAUUAUAUUCCCAACAUGGGAUCAAAGGGUUCAGAGUGAAACAAUUAACACCAACAAUCAUUUUGAGUGAUUCAGUUGAUCACUUUUUUUAAGUCCAUUCCAUCAGUUCAGUAUUAAUUACAUAUAAUUAACGAUUGAACAAAUUUAAUUUGUGCAAAUUAUGAGACAUCAAGAUUUUCUUAGGCUAAUCAAUGAUCAUCAUUCAUCUUUUUUUUUCUUAAUUAAUCAAUUUUAUCAAGUUUUAAUUUCCAUUGUCAGAAAUUAGAUUUAAUUCCGAUAUUGUUUUGUUUUUUUUCUCAUCAUUCUAAUUACGAUUUUUACUUCUCUCUCUCUUUAUAGUAAUCCAAACCUAAUCAACUUUAUUAUUUUAUUAUUAUUAUGAUAAAAAACAAAAUUUUCUGAUGGGAAAACAGUGAUUAACAUGAAUUAAAAAAAAUUCACUGUUAUUACUUUGA